AUGCUCGACGUCCUCCCGACAGAGCUGCUUCUGCUCCUCCUCGAGACUGCUUGGCUGUCCACAUCGUCUCCUGCAGAACGCCUCGCGCUCUAUCGUGCCCUUGUGGCUUCCCAUCCCAUCAUCCGUGCACUCGCCAUCCACGUCGCAACUCGCUUCGUGAUUGUUGACCUCACCGAGAUGGGCACCGGGGAUGUCAGUCUCUAUACUCAGGUCACGCGCGAUGCUGCCAACGCGCGCCCCGCCGCCGAGCAGAGUCUCUCCCCAAGCGAGUUCUCUUGCGCCCUCUUCCGGCGCUCCCACCUCCACCUCGAGGGCUACGUCUUUCCCCGCUCCAAGUCGCUCAUCGCUCGCACCGUUCGCUGGGGCGAGCUCGAGAACCUCCUCCGCCUCCUCUCUGUCGUCGUCAUUGGCGACUGCCACUCGCUCACCGUCGCCGCCCCUCCCGUCGCGGACCCGCUGCAUUCCCCUCUAUGGCACCACGAACGCUCGCCGGUGUUCACCCUCGCCCAGCGGUUUCGGUCGCUCGAACGCCUCCGCCUCGACUGGUCCUGGGCCGACAGAGAUCUCCCCAUCAUGGACACCCGGCCCACCCCGCUCUCGACUGUCCGCUAUCUCCGCCUCCGCGAGUACCCGCCGUGCCUCUGCGCGCGCGUCGUACGCAGGGGAGAGAACGGCGCGCAGGCAGGGGACUCGCCGGUGGCGGUCAAAUGCCUGACGAGCUGCAUGGCUGGGACGCUUCCUCAAGUCUUUCCGCGUCUGGAACACCUGCAUCUCGACACUCCCGUUGCGCUCGCCGCGGUGCGCGCGCCACUCACGCUCCGGACCCUCACACUCGAGGCUCCGUCUCAGGCUAUCUCCCCGUCAGAUGGAGGUAACUCCCAUACGCGGAGUUCACUUCUGCGGUACGACAUACCGGCGCUCUUCACCGUCACCGAGGUCGCGACUCCGACGAGCAUCAUCACACGCACCACAGGCGAGCUUCCCCUUGGUUGGGGAGCGGCGCUCGAGGCCUGUAUCAAGCACGGUGUCGUCUUGAGCAGACGGAUUGCGUACUAG